AUGAGUCGAGAUAAAGAUAAAGGAGUACAAUUUUUAGUCAUUACAUGCAAUCGGUGGUCUGGAGCUGAGAGGCUGCAUGCGUGCGCAGCGGCCGCGGCUCGGGGCGGCUGGCGGCGCGCGGCAGUCGGCAUGAGGCGCGCGAGGAGCGUCACGGGGCCCUUGCGCCGCGCCCACCCGGCCUCGGGCGCCACCUGGAACGUCCAGGUGGUGAAGGGCAAGAUGAGCUCGACCUGUUUAUGGCACGCCUGCAGAGCACUAUCAGCUGGCUUACUGCUGAUGCUCCUUGGAGCUGCCAUGGCUGUAAUAGGGUACUACGCAGACCAGCUGUCAGUGGCGCAAGAGAUUCGCGGCAACGCUACCAUCUCUGUGAAGGACGAAGCGAGAGGCUUCCACCUCAACAACCUCUCGUAUGCUGGACCAAUUGUUAUGGGCUUUGGAGGAUUUAUCGUGGUGGCGGCGUGUGUGAUGACAUUCGAGGCGAGGGACAGUGCAGCGAAGGUGACGCCGGCGAGGCCGCAAGCGUUGCCUCGACCGCUGCCGCGACGGGGGCCAGCGUGCGCUGCGCCUGCGCGGCUGGACCAACUCGGCGUAUACCGGCUGCCGCACGUGCUACCACUGCCGCAUGCACUGCCACUCGCCCCCCUACCGCACCGCCACCGUCCCACACAUCACAGAACUGGUGGAGAGAGAGGGAAGGCUCGGGCUCGGUUUGGGUCGGCGCCCGACCUGCAUAGCGCCAGUACCCGCGCCGCCAUGCCAGUCAGUGCGCUGCGCCGGCCGCUGCGCCGCUACGCCCUCUCCGUAGACGAGCCCCCGCAAUCAGCAGUUAGUGCCAGUGCAGCUGAGUCUGAGUGUGGGUCGCAGUCGUCGCUUGCACUAGACCUGCAUGGCAGUGGCGCAUGCGCAGGCAUCACAUUGCGCGUGCGGGACAACACGCGGCGGCGGCCACUCGCGCGCCAGCAGCGACUGAGAGACGACACUGUUCAUCGUAAGUCGGAAGAGGAACCUGACAGCAAAAACCCAGUUGAAAUGCAUUUAUGUGUGGAGCAAGAGGAACGUGCGAGCAGUGCGCCGCCUGCACCGCCGCCACUGUCGUCACCGCCGCCGUCGCCGCGGCUUGUCGUCACCUCGUGCUUUCCUGAGCCUCCAAGCACACCGCCAGAGACCUGCAUUGUCAUCGAACCCGCGCAAGAAACACUAGAAGACGAUGUCGAGCAUAAAUGA